AUGACUAAUGCAAAUAAUACUUAUACAAUUUUAUUCUCUAAUAUGAACUAUUCCACGCCUUAUACCAAUAUAAGUCUAUUACAAAAUCAAUUAAUUUUAAAUAAUUAUGGUGAUUUAGCCAUAGUUGAAAGAUUAACUAUUUUCCUCACUUUUAUUGUAUCUAUUAUUGGUAUUAUUGGUAAUGCAGGUACAAUAAUUGUAUUGAAUCAAAAAACGAUGCGUCAAUGGCGUUCAUCAAUAUUACUAACAGCAUUAGCUGCAGUAGAUUUGCUUUAUUUAUCAAUUAUAUUCUUAUCGAUUAUUGAUACAUUAACAAAUCAAGCUGUUGGUCUUCAUCGUUCGAUUUUACUUUGUCAAGCAACUGUUUAUAUAACACAUGUUUGUUCAUUUUUAUCAGCAGCAUGCACAUUAUCAUUUACAUUACAACGUUUUAUAGCUGUUCAUUUUCCAUUGCAUGCUAAUGCAAUAAUAUCCAAUCGUUCAUCAAUUAUAACGAUUCUAUCGCUCGUAUUCAUUAGUUCAAGUUUCUAUGCAUUUAGCUUUUUUGUAACAAAUAUAUCUCAAGGACAAUGUCGAGAAGACGAAAGUUAUCCAGUACUAUUCCCAUUAUUAAUUGUUGAUAUAUGUUUGACAUUUGUUAUACCAUUUAUAUUUAUUCUACUCUGCAAUGUUGCUAUUGUCUAUAAAUUACAAUCCAGAAAAAAAUUUACUCAAAGUUUCAUUGAUUCGACGGCAAAAGCAAGUUGUUGCCAACGAGCAACAGAUGGCCAUAAUGAAAGACAAGAACUAUAUGGAUCCAAUUCUCAAAGAAAUAUUAGUACUGAUUAUAUUCACUUAAAACGAGGAGAGAAAAAACAUAAUUAUAAAAUGAGUACACAAUUGGACGAAUCCCAAAGAUCAGAGCAUAAAUAUUUAUCGCGUCUUAGUUAUCCCCGUCUAUCCAUGGGAAGAUCAUCGUGCGAAUAUGUGGCACAGAUAGGAACUCUGCAAAGACAUCAACAAGCAAUAUCUCAACGAACAACAAAAAUGCUUGUUAUAUGUUCAACAACAUUUUUAAUAUUUAAUUCUCCCUAUAGUGCAGUGUUAUUCUAUUCAAUUAUAUCGAAACAAGUUCUAACACGGCCAUUGGAUAUAUUAAGAUAUUUUUAUUUCAUGUCAUUCUGUUUGAAUUUUUUCCUUUAUUCACUAUGUGGAAAUCGUUUCCGUCAUGAACUUAUCAUUCUCCUUAAAAAAGUUUGUCAUAGAUGUUGUAUGAAUAUAUUUCCUCAACAUUGUUUACCUUUAUCUAAAUCUUCACCGCACACAGCUGAUUCCAUUUCAACUAUUCGAACUCGUAUUUAA